CGCUAUUUGACGUCACCGUGGGAGUGUUCCACAGGGAGAAAUGAACGGUCAUCAACACAAUCCUCUCAGCGCCCAUCCAGUCCUGAGUUGUGAGUCAGAAGAGGAGAGGCUGGGCUGAUGGUAAGCGCUCUUUCUGUCUCUCUCUCACUCUCUCUCACUUCCUCUCUCGAUCUGUCUCUCUCAUUAUACAUUGGUAAAGCAAAAGCCUUAUAUAAGCUGUCAGCUGAGAUCCAGAGACUUGUAAUGGUGCUCUACACUAUACAUCUAGCCUUGUUUUAAAAUGUCAAGUAAGACGAGACAACGGUGGACCUUUCGACUCCUUAAUCAGAUGAGAAUUAGAUAUCACUCACUUUCCAUUUAGAAUUUCAUCACCUCUUUCACACUAUUAGUAGUCUCCCUUUUUCCAUCAUCCAAACACUCUCAGUUAUGUUGAUUAUUAAUUACCAUGUGCGAACACUUUCUGAAAUGCACAGUAAUUAAUCAACUAUAAUGCAAGCUUUUGUAUAGAGGGAUCUGAAUGCCCACAAACAACCAAAGGCACUGUUCUUCAAAAUGUGAAAUAUUAUAAACGGAGAACAUUUCAGAAAUUGUUCAGAUGCUUCUUUAAAUAGUGUUCAUGCACCAAUGGGUUGGUAUUGUUUGACAUGCCACAUGCUGUUUUGCCAAAAUGCAUUUCUACUGAUUUUACUCAGUAGAAAGCAAAUAUUGUUUUACAGUUUUUUUUUUUUAAAUCAUGAAUAGCUGACAGAACUUGAAUUUGGACAGAAUGAACAAAAACAUUAGUUAUGUCAUAUAAAGGAGCUUCUAAAAACAGUUGUAUGUCUCAAUGCCAACACAGUUUAUGCUGCUUGGUAUUAUUUUCUAUUCUGCUGCUGCUUAUUAUGUUCAUCAUUCACUGCUGCAUGUCAUAAUCCAUUUUAUUUUCCUUCUGUGGUAGACAAGCAUGACAUUGAGCCAAGCCACAGAUGCAUGUACGCUCAAAAGGCCCAACUGAGCGCCAUCCCCUCUGCUUCCCGGCUUUCAUCCAGCCUCUCAGAGGGGGUGUGUCGACGUGGCAUAGCUAGUCCCCUGCAACCCCAAGUAGACCCUCACUGUCAAACUGGAGGCCUCUGAUGGAUCAGGGUAGUGGUGAGCAGAGUCCAGAGGAGCCGGACACAGGAGGCCGAGUGGAGCCAGAGGUCGGCAGGAGGGCGUCGGAGUCAGAGCACGGCUUGUCCAAAAUCACCCAUAAUGCCCUGGAGAACAUGGGAGCGUUGGGCCAUGGCCUGAAGCACUUCUUCCAGCCACAGCGCCGACGCUCCUCCGUUUCCCCACAUGACUCCGCCUCGUCCUCCACAGGCGCCCCUGCCUCUGAUCCCGCUGAUGUAGGGUCAGAGGUAGGGGAUGCUCCUGCCUCCUUGGCCCUCCCUUUGGAUUCUGACAACCCUGCCGCUUCCGCCCCUCCUGCAGCUCUGAGCCGUGUUCUGCAGCAGAUCCGAGGCGCCCCCCCAAUGAUGAAGCGAGGGACCAGCCUGCAGAGCCGCCGCAGCAAGGCGGGGGGGACUGGGGAUCCCCCCCAGAAAGGUAGCCCCCAGAUCCACCGGCGCAGUACCCAUGAGGCCCUGUUGCAAGCUGGACGCCCACGCUCCUCCUCAACCACAGACACACCCAGCAGCCCCGCCCUAGCAGACAUGCUGCUGGCCUCUGGUUAUCACUCCACUGAAGAACCUGACAAGCUGGAUCGCUAUGAUGGAUCGGGCCCUGCUGUAUCGCCCAGUGCCCUGUCCUACAGUGCAGAUGGCUAUGGGGUUGAUGUAGUUGACAGUACACCUGACCCCCAGCGAACAAAGCAGGCCAUUGCCCAACUACAGCAGAAGAUCCUCAAACUCACAGAACAGAUCAAGAUAGAACAGACUGCACGUGAUGACAAUGUGGCAGAAUAUCUGAAACUUGCUAAUAAUGCAGACAAACAGCAGAGCGCACGUAUCAAGCAAGUGUUUGAGAAGAAGAACCAAAAGUCAGCCCAGACUAUCCAGCAGCUGCAGAGAAAGCUGGAGCACUACCACCGAAAGCUUCGUGAGGUGGAGCACAAUGGUAUCCCACGCCAGCCCAAAGAUGUUUUUCGAGACAUGCACCAGGGGCUCAAGGAUGUUGGCGCCAAGGUGACAGGUGGCCUCUCCAGCUUCUCCCAAGCCACUCAUUCUGCUGCUGGAGCUGUGGUGUCCAAACCCAGAGAAAUUGCCUCCCUUAUCCGUAACAAGUUUGGCAGUGCUGAUAACAUUGCAGCCCUGAAAGACUCUCUGGAAGACACCCAGGGAGAUGAGGGUGUUGGCCCAGGAGCAGCGAGGACCCUUGGUGGAGGGCAGCUGCAGUCCAGUCCGAAGUAUGGCAGUGAGGACGACUGUUCUAGUGCUACAUCUGGGUCUGCAGGGGCAAACAGCACCACUGGGGCCCCUGGAGGUCCACCUAGCUCCAAGGGCAAUACCCUUGAACAUGCCCAGGGCUCGGGCUUUGACGCUCUACUCCAUGAGAUCCAAGAGCUCCGGGACAAUCAAGGCCGGCUAGAGGAGUCAUUUGAAAACUUAAAAACCCAUUAUCAGCGGGACUAUUCAAUGAUUAUGGAGAGCCUACAAGAGGAGAGAUUCAGGUGUGAACGCUUAGAAGAGCAACUCAAUGACUUAACAGAACUGCACCAGAAUGAAAUUCUUAACUUGAAACAAGAACUAGCCAGCAUGGAGGAGAAAAUUGCCUAUCAGUCUUACGAAAGGGCUAGGGACAUCCAGGAGGCGCUGGAAGCUUGUCAGACACGAAUCUCCAAGAUGGAGCUGCAGCAGCAGCAACAACAGGUGGUGCAGCUUGAGGGCUUGGAGAACGCCACAGCACGGACUCUUCUUGGCAAACUCAUCAAUGUGCUGCUAGCUGUCAUGGCUGUCCUUUUGGUGUUUGUCUCUACGGUGGCCAACUGCGUUGUCCCUUUGAUGAAAACACGCAGCCGCACGCUUUCCACACUGCUCCUUGUAAUCCUCCUCGCCUUCCUUUGGAGAAACUGGGAUGCUAUUUCACAGUACCUGGACCGUUUUCUUCUGCACCCAAGAUGACCAGCUUGGAGAGGUUUGGUUAAAUGGUGAAGGGACAGAGGGGUGCAGGCUGAUGUGAAGGGAGAAGGUUAACUGAAACAGAGGGUUGAAUCUCAAGGGUCCUGCCUGCUUUCUUGUUCUUCCUCUUCACCUCUAUCUCAGAACACUCAGGAGUGAAUCAGUGGUUUGUCUCCUUACCUUUUCUGAAAUGUGUUUUGAGAAGAAUGGAAGGAAGAAUAUGCGGAAACUGGGUCUGACAUUUGAGAUUCACUUGUUGUCUACAGUGCAAUUGUGGCACAAGCACCUAAGGGUGCAUGGGCAUAGUUGAAGGAGGAGCCGAGAGGACUGCACACUUGAUUUCUCUCUUCUGAGUGAAUUUGUUUACAUGUGGAAGACUUGUGUUGUUUCCCCACAGGAGAAAUUGUAAUUCAGAGUUUUAUUGUUUGACUUGAUUUAAAUGAUAUUGUUUUAAAGUCACUGCUGUUAUUUGCUGUUAUUAAUGCAGAUGAUUGAUGGCUCUCUCUCUCUUUCCUUUUCUGAGGUUUACUGGUAACGAGCUAACAUUCUUCUGCUGAUUGAGUUGUCAUUCUCUUUCUGUAGGCUCUCUUCCUUCCUCUAGUCUUGCCAUUCUGAUUGUUCACCAGUCUGCUCUUUUUCUUUCCCUGUUACUCAAGUCUUUUCAAAUUUCAGCUCCUUUAACCAACUCUUCCCUCUCUACACUCUGAAGAAUGGGGUGCCUGCAGAUCAGCUACACUGCUCUGGGAUCAGCCUCGUCACUGGAUCUACAAGUAGUGGGUUACUGACUUAUUUCUUUUGGUGUGUGGAGUCAGCAGCACUGGUUCUGCUACAACCAGGAUAUUAAAUGGAGAUCAUUUCGUUUGAAGGUGCCACCCUGCCCUCUGGGCCAGCUAGCCUCCACUAUCUUGAUGGCUAUGCCACUGCAGAAGAAUAAUCUAUGAACUGAAUGAACAUACUUGAAGAGCGAUAAAAAUGCUCACAGACUCAGUGCUUCCGUACUGUUUCUAUUAGUGACAAUGAAAUAGUAAUACUUUUUAGUUGAUUUUUUUUAUUUUUUGAAGACAAAUAAACAUGCUGUUUUAAAAGUGAAGCUUAAAGUA